UCAUAGGCUGCGUGUCAGUGCAGUCGACUUACAGCGGGCUGUGAGGAGAACUGUCGCGACCCCCUUUGUCCUCAAAUACAACUCUUUUCACACGCGAAAACUCCUUAAAGUCACGUUAAAGUACUUCUACUCGUUUUGGUACUUAACCUGGUCGGGUUAUAUUAGUUUUAUAUCGCUCUGUGUGAAGUUAAAGGCUGGGCCUUUUUACGCGCUCCGGACGAGAGAAAAAGACAAGCUGCUCUUUCUGCGAUUAAAAGUCCAUAAAUGCUUUUUACCAACAUGGACCUGUUGAACUACCAGUACUUGGACAAAAUGAACAACAACAUUGGCAUUCUGUGCUAUGACGGUGAGGCUGCUCUAAGGAGUGAGUCCAGAAUGCCAUCCAUGUCUCUGUCCUCUGCAGUCAGCAAUCACAGGACAGGACCUCCUCCCAUCAGCCCGAGCAAGAGAAAACACGGCGGGGACCAAGCAGACGACGACAUCGACUGUAACAGCGAUCAUGUGGCCAAGAUGAGCCGGCUGUUUGCUGCACAGUUAGGCAAGCCUGCCAACGGGGACUACCGCAAGGACCCCCGGGAUCGCAGCCGCAGUCCCAUCGAGCGCAUCACUGCCCCCACCAUGAGUCUUGUUGGUGGUCACCUCUACGCCCACAUGCCCAACCUGGCCAUGGACCAGCCUCUCGCACUGACCAAAAAUGUGGACACUACCCGCACUAUCGCCAUCUCACCUACUGUCAGCCCUGUUGAGCGCCAACAGAAUCGGCCCUCUGUGAUCACAUGUGCCCCAGCGAACAAUCGUAACUGUAACCUUUCCCACUGCACCGUGUCUCACAACGGCUGCUCACCCACUUCAAACUAUCGGAGAGCCUCCAACUCUAACACAGCCUGUGACCCUGUGAUCGAGGAGCAUUUCCGUCGCAGUCUGGGCAAGAACUACAAGGAGCCAGAGCCCGUAACAAACUCCGUGUCUAUCACAGGCUCAGUGGACGACCACUUCGCCAAGGCGCUGGGUGAGACAUGGCUGCAGAUCAAGGCCAAGGGCAGCUCGACUGGUAGCCCAGACUCCUCCCCUAACAGCCACAUGGUCAACCAUAAUCACUCCCCUUCCCUCGUGUCUUGAAAAAAAGGACCAGCUCACCAUAGUCCCAGUCUCUUCCAGCGUGCUUCAACUCUCAAAGCAACCAUGCAUGUUUCAGCACUGCUCAUGUAUAGCUAUGUACAUAAGACGCACAAUGAGGAUGUGCUUGUUUUAACAUUGUUUUUUUUGUGCUAUUGUUUUCUUUUGAAUCAUUUUCUUUCAAGUAUGCUAGUAUACUUUUAGCUUAGCGGUUGUAUUAUGGGAUGCCCAUACCUUUUAUGAAAAACAGCAAUGUUGUGCAGAAAGCUUUUUGGGUUUUUAGGUUAUAACUCAACCAGCAUCCAACAAACUAACCAUCUGCCUCAGAUACCAAAGAAACCUCUGAUGCAAACCUGUUCCCCAAAAUCCAUUCUUCCAUUGCACCCUGCUCUUUCAUUUUCUUUUUAGAUUUACUUUCUGGUUGUCUCACAUCACAGUCUUUUGUUCAUCAUGUUCUCUCCCGAUUGUACCCUGAAUCUGUAUGUGUAUACUUGAAAAGGAAGGUCUGGUCUGAUUUUGCACUUUCAAUGGAUUGAGUGUCAGUUUGGUGUUGGAUACACGUUUGGAUGUUAAAAAAAAAUGUAUAAGAGGGUGAACUGCUGAUAUAUGUGGGAAGUGAUUUGGCUUACAUCACUUUGGAAAUGUUCGUAAUGGGGAGGGAACCCGUUUUUGGUCACUACAUCUAGCUUCAGACAAUUCUCUCUAUUGUGCUGACAACUGGACUGCAUCAAACAUGGGCAUUUUUUGUCGUAUUUGGAUUAGUUUUUUCUUCCCAGGCACUGUGGUUUUAGUAGAGUAGGUAAGGUUUUGAGGGUAAACUAGUGCUUACCGCUGCAUGUUUCUAAAAAAAACAAAAAAAAAAAUAGCUGGUAUCUAUUAUUGUGUAGACAUUUCAAUCGUAAUAAUUUUAGCCUUUUUGUGAGAUUUUAUUUUUGUCAGUAACAGUUCUAGAUAAACUUACUGCUGGUACAGUUGUACUCCCAUAUUAUUAUUAUUAUUAUUAUUAUUAUUUCUAUUCAAUAUGCAUUGUGGUAGCUGCCAGAUACAAAAUAAAACAGCCUCCGGACAGGCCAUCUAUAUAUUAACAGUCGAAUUUAUAUUUUAUUAAUCUCGUGGUACAGGACGCUAUCGCUUUUUGCAUGACUGAAUAAGAAAGCAUUAGCAGCUAUGGACCGGUCAACUGUAGUGCUGACAAUCUGCCGAAAACGUCAAGCAAAUUUUAUUUUGUUUUUGAUCUUACUCUUAAUUCUGCAUUGUAGCGUUUAGCAGCAGCUGCCGUAAAGGACUGUUAUCGAACAAUCUGCCUGUACCGAGACAAAAUACAUUCCUCCAAUAGGGAACUGCAUACAGGUGUCGUACUUUCUAACGAUUUCAAUAUAGCGAAUAUCUAGAAACUGACAAGAGGUUGCAGAUACAGGAGACACUUGGAUCUUAAGCUUGUCCUUACAUUCCAUCGGCGCAGUUUAGCUAUUGGAUAUGACGAAAUUUUAAAACGAGAAAUGAAAAGCCAGACAGCCAUCAAUCUCAACAGAUGCUAUCUUUUCAAAAGUAUUUCUUCACAAAUUGACAAAUCUGUUUCACCCUGUGCUCUUUUUGGAUGAAUUUGCCACAAAGUUGUUGUAUCCUAUUACAACAGACCUUUAGGAUACAUGGGGCGGUGAUUUUGGGGAGAAAAUAUCUUGAAGUCGAUUUUAUAUAUAUAUAUAUAUAUAUAUGUAUAUGUGUGUAUAUAUAUAUAUAUAUAUGUAU